UGAGAAUGGAUCUAUAAGAACAAGAAAAAAUCCUUCUGGUUUUGAAUUAAAAUGGAAAAAUAUGAGAACCUAGGAUUGGUUGGAGAAGGGAGCUAUGGAAUGGUGAUGAAGUGUAGGAAUAAAGAUACUGGAAGAAUUGUAGCCAUUAAGAAGUUCUUAGAAAGUGAUGAUGACAAAAUGGUUAAAAAAAUUGCUAUGCGAGAAAUCAAGUUACUAAAGCAACUGAGGCAUGAAAAUCUGGUGAAUCUGUUGGAGGUGUGUAAGAAAAAAAAACGAUGGUACCUAGUCUUUGAGUUUGUUGACCAUACCAUUCUUGAUGACUUGGAACUCUUUCCAAAUGGACUAGACUACCAGCUGGUUCAAAAGUAUUUGUUUCAGAUUAUUAAUGGAAUUGGAUUUUGUCAUAGUCACAAUAUCAUACACAGAGAUAUCAAGCCAGAGAAUAUAUUAGUCUCCCAGUCUGGUGUUGUCAAGUUAUGUGAUUUUGGAUUUGCACGGACAUUGGCAGCUCCUGGGGAGGUUUAUACUGAUUAUGUGGCAACCCGAUGGUACAGAGCUCCAGAACUAUUGGUUGGUGAUGUGAAGUAUGGCAAAGCUGUUGAUAUAUGGGCCAUUGGUUGUCUGGUAACUGAAAUGCUCAUGGGGGAACCCCUCUUUCCUGGAGAUUCUGAUAUUGAUCAGCUAUAUCAUAUUAUGACGUGUUUAGGUAAUCUCAUUCCAAGGCACCAGGAGCUGUUUUAUAAAAACCCUGCGUUUGCUGGAGUAAGGUUGCCUGAAAUCAAGGAAAUGGAACCUCUUGAAAGACGCUAUCCCAAGCUCCCUGAAGUUGUCAUCGAUUUAGCAAAGAAAUGCUUACAUAUUGAUCCAGACAAAAGGCCCUUCUGUGCUGAGCUCCUGCACCAUGAUUUCUUUUGUAUGGAUGGAUUUGCUGAACGGUUCUCUCAGGAACUACAGUUAAAAAUACAGAAAGAUGCCAGAAAUAUUUCUUUAUCUAAAAAAUCCCAAAACAGAAAGAAGGAGAAGGAAAAAGAUGAUUUUUUAGGUGAGGAGAGAAAUACUCUUGUGGUACAGGAUUCCAAUGCUGACCCCAAAAUUAAGGAUUCUAGAGUAUUAAAGAUAAAAGGGUCAAAAAUUGAUGGAGAGAAAGUUGAAAAAAUCAGUCGAGCUUCAAAUGUCAGCUGUCUCCAUGACAACGGGACUAGCCACAUCAAAACAGUGCCUUCAACAAGCCUUAGAGAUUGCAGCAAUGGCAGUGUGGACCACACAAGGAAUCCAGGCAUGGCUAUUCCUCCACUUACACACAAUCUUUCUGCAGUAGCUCCUGGUAUUAAUUCUGGAAUGGGGACUAUCCCAGGAGUUCAGAGUUACAGAGUGGAUGAGAAGUCCAAGAAGUAUUGUAUUCCAUUUGUUAAACCAAAUCAACAGACUCCAUCAGGCAUUUAUAAUAUUAACAUGACCAAACCAAUCACUAGUGAAAAGAGCCUCCUUCAGGCAAAUAAGAAAAGAAGAGAAUACGCAAAGACAGAUGUCCAUUUGCCUGAAUUAAACUAUAAUCAUCUCCCUGAACUGAGAGCCUUGGAAGGCAUAGCUCGAAAUUCCAGGCUAAUGAGGAAAGAGAACAAAAAUCUUUCAGAAUCUCAAAUUCCUUCUCUGGCUGCUAUUGACUUGCAUGCCUCCAGUGUUACACUGCACCAGUUUCCAUGGGCCAGAAGCCCGGGCCAAGCUGCUUCUCUCCUUCAGAGUCUCACAGGCCGAAAUCCAGAUGUCAGCAGGGCUGCAUUUCUUUCUGGAGGCUUUAGGGGAGAAUCCGUUUCCAGGCUCCUUCAGGUACCAGGAUCUCCCCUGCCAGAGGAUUCAGAGGCUGAUUUACCUUGGAUGGAGCACCAGCACUGAAUGUCAGUUUGGUUCUGAACGGGGUGCUGCUCUAGCGCUUGAGAUGACAUCCUCUUGGAACAAAAGUGCUGAUAUCCCAGGAGGAGAUAUACAUGGUUUUGAUAAUUUACUUCUGAACUGCCUGCAUUUUCUGAGAAAUGUUUUGCAGAAGGAAAGACAAUGACUCCCAGGUGUUUCAAAGGAAGAUUGGGCAAGUGUCCUCCCCAACUGUUACCCAUCAUCUUUGAAGUCCACUGAUGCUAUUUCAAGAUAUAUCCAAUGAAAGAAUAGUGAUAUGGUUCUUGUUACAUGAGUGUAUAUUUACUAUUAGUAGGUUGUGUAUUUAAAGGUACCCAAGAUUAACAGUAAGUAAAAAAGGGGAGAAAGAUUAUAAAAGUUUAUGUUACUUAUGCAUUGAACUUUGUGUGUUACCUGCAUUAAUGUGUACAUUUAUUUAGGAGUGUGUUUGGUGGAUGUGGGUGCUAAAAACUAGAAUCAGUUGAAGAAAAUGAAAAAAACUAGGAUCAGUUAAAAAAAAAUGUUUCCUUUACCCUAACCUAACUAUAAAAACACAUUUAAGAAUCUUGCUUGUUUCUAGGCUUUAACAAGAUAUAUGCCUGCUCUCUAUGGAUAGAUGUAUUUCUUUGGUUUCUGUGAUUAUAGUUGAUGUUUGAUCAGUGUAUCAUGGGAAUCUGUCUCUCUGCUGAUCUUCUAAGAACCACAUUACAUGCAAGUUUUGCAAAGAACCCUUUUUAUUUCUAACGAUUUGGUACAGCCGGGUCUGGACAGUCCUUUGCACUGUGGGAUUCGGGGGCUGAUGUUCCUGUGAGCAGGAAUGUGAUUGGGACAAUGGUGGGAAAGGAGAAUUUUGUAGGUAUACCUUGGAGUUGAAUCCUUCUCAUUGACAAAAGAGGUGUACAUGCAAAAUCAGGAAAUGGGAAGCAGGGUUACCCUGCUGAACUCCCCAGCCGAAGAGGCUUUGGGCACGGGAUGAACUUUGUUCUGGACUUUACUCCUAUCCACUGGUAGUUUGAAGGUGAUAUUACGUAGAAUAUCUUUCUAACAUCCCAGAGAUAUUCCUGUCUUCUUAUUUCCUCAAACACCUAGGCCUUCCCAAAAGCUUGUAACCAAGGUGCAAAAUUAUUAACCCACAGGACACACAUCUUUCCUAAAACACUGGUCCUCAACUUUUAGGUGAGAGAGUUAAACCAAUUUGGCUCUCACUUUUUCGUUUCUGGGUUUCAAGUCAUGCUCUGCAUUUAUCGUUUUAGAGAAUGGUUGUUAAGGGGACCAGAAUUUGUGUGGGGUCUUUUGCCUUAACCAAUUAAUAGUAUGUUGUUGUUUUUUCCAAAAGACAUUGACUAGAACUUAGCCCAGGAAUUUUACUAGCACUUUUCUCUAUUACCUACCCUGUGGAGCUUAAUAUUAAACUUCUAAUCAUACUUACCUGAGCCUCAAAAGAGUAGGACAUUCAGGAGGCAAAAUAAGGGGCUGCAAUGUAGAAGUCUAUGUAGGUGGCUCAAUUAAACUUUGAUCUUGAUUUUGAAACGCUAUCUUUAACCUCUGACCAGGUGUUUGACUAGACCAGGUAUGGCUAAUAUGCUGAACAAAGUUAGUGUAUAGGCAUUAAUAGGCCUCAAAUUAAAAUAUUAUUAUUUUUACUUUGAAUUAUGUUGUCAACAGCCACCACAGCAUAAAAAGCAGACACUACUUAAAAGCCAAGUAGCUGUCCAAUUUAUUUCAAUGUUAGUUUUACUUAAAGAUUGGUGUGAAAAUAUCACCUCAAUGUCUGAGGGUCUAGGAUUAGACCUUUUUCAUUCUGUAUUUGCGCUAGGUAUCUUUUAUGGAUUAAAACACUUUGUGCACUUUAGAGUUAAAGAACUAAAAACUAUUUACUAUAAGUCCAAGUUGAGACUUAAAGCUCGUAUUUGGUUAGAACCUUGGAAGAACUACUUGAGAAAGAUUUUGCAAAUUGGGGCUAUAGACCCUGAACUAAAAUAAUCCUAUUUUUUUCAAUUUAAGGUUACUUUGUCUUUCCUUAUAAGGAUAUGAUUAAGUCACAUACUAAUAGGUAUAUGUAUAUGUAAUGGUGGGAAAAUGGGCUUGCUGUGUGUAUGUAUAUUUUACAAUUAAUAAAUAUUAUAUGUUAUUG